AUGCAAGGUCAAGAUAGCACCUCAAAUGCAUUUCCAGGAGCCUUUUAUUUGCGUUAUAGGCCCAAUGGCAUCAAUCUUCGAUGGAUUCAGAAUAAUGAAGUUCCAACUGAUGCUUCUGUUUAUGAUGGUCAUCCUGUUAUGGUUCAGAUGCGUCAAUCUAAUUCUAGCAUCAACAACCAUAACCCUGUUCAGUUGCAGGAUUCAUUAGCUGAAGAUGAUUUACCAUCUAAUGGGAUGUCUAAUGGGAUGGAUAAAUCUACUUCUGGUGUGAACACUCAAACUCUAGCUCAAUCUCAAGAUUUAUUAGUUGAGUUGCCGUCUUCCCCUGUUGCUGGCACUGGAAUUGUUCAAAGUUUGGAAGAAAGGCAUUCUGGGUCACUAAUUAAUCCCUUUCAACUUAAUGUUAACAUGAGUCCAGGAAAUGGCCAACUCACAAAUAGGUCAUUGCCUUUGCAACAGGCUAGUUCUAGUGUUUUCCCUCAAAACAUAGAAAGAAGAGCACCUGAAGAUGAGCAGUUGGGUGCUGGACUUGUGCUUACUUUAGAGACAGCUCCUGUUAUGCAUCAGCCUUCAAGUGUUACAGCAAGUGGGCUUGGAGCUGGUGCAGGGCCAAGUGAUACCCAUCGAACCAUAGGUGUGGUAGGAGAAACUCAGCACUCCCAAAGAACUAUGAAUCAUCAAGAUUUUGUGCCAACUAACUUGGCAACAUGGACCACGAAUUCUCUUCCACAGUUACCUGCUCAACCAGCUAUUUCUUUAUCAUUUGAUUGUGUUCCAAACACUAGCUCAGUGAUUGAAAUAGUUCAACCUACUCCUCCAAUGCAACAGCCUGUCGGUGUUUCUUAUUCUUCAGAAAGUAUGCAACCUUUCCAAUGGAAUGCUGUCACCAGUUCAAGAACUGGUCUACCCUUCACUUCUACUUAUAUUGUAAAUGGAGGAGAUGCAUCACUUGUUGAAGACAACUCAAGGAAUACUCAAAGAAAUGGCAUGCUUCCUUCUGAAUUUCAAAGGGGAAAUUUGGAACACAUGUUAAGAAACCUUAACUUUGUCCCUGAGACAAACUCUCCUGGAAAUAUUGCAUUCAAUUCAAGAAAUAGCUCUACUAUACAUGUUCGCCAAUCAUCCACUCCCAUUCAGUCCCCCCAACACAACAUAGCUCAGCAAUAUGAACAGAGAAUCACAGCAAUCCCAGAAGUUGUCAAUUUGAUAGAGCCACAAGGGCAAGGUACUGACCACCCACGACAUAUGGGUGAUCUUAUUGUUGCAAGACAGAGGGAAUUAUCAGUGAGAGGUAACAAUGCAAGGCCUUCUGAUAUACAUCUUAGGUCAGGAUUGAUAAUACAAGCUGAGAGACAAAGUGGUGUUCAUCCUGAAGUGCCAGUAAGUUCUUUGACCACUAGUCAGAUGAUAAGCGGACUGCUAUAUGAGGUUCGCAAUGCUUUGCAAAUUUUGCGCAGGGGUGGCUCCUUACAGCAUGAGGAUUUGCCGAUGAUCAACUAUACAGUGUCGCAUGGUCUACCUGAAGAUUCUGAUCUAGAUCAAGAAAUAGAGGAUGAAAUGACCGAGGAACUAGAUGAAUUAGAGGAGCUUAUGAUAGAGUAUCGCAGUGGACUAGCUGGGGCUGUUAUUGAGGCCCACAUGAAGCGGCAAAAGUAUGAAGCAAAUGUAGUAGGGUCUCCUCUGGAAGAUGAAAAAUGCUGCAUCUGUCAGGAGAAUUAUGCCGACGGCGAAGAUCUUGGAAAGCUGGACUGUGGGCACUACUUUCACUUUGACUGCAUUAAGCAGUGGCUGAACCAGAAGAAUAACUGCCCCAUCUGCAAAAAGAAAGCGUUGCAAGGUUGA